AUGGCGUCGACUGGACAAUUGCACAUCUCCAACCUCUUCUCGCUUCAAGGCCAUGUCUGCCUUGUCACAGGUGGAGGAACUGGGAUCGGAUUGAUGGCCACCCAAGCUCUAGCAGCAAACGGUGCUAAAGUGUACAUCACCGGACGGAGAAAGGAAGUCCUCGAGAAUGCCGCUCGCACGCACAGCCCACAGUCAUCCAACACAUCUCUCAAUGGCGAAAUCAUUCCGAUUGGGCCUUGCGACGUGACAUCCAAGGAGUCCCUGGAGAAGUUAACUGCCGAGCUGGAAUCCAAGGAGAAAUAUCUCUCCCUUGUCGUCGCCGCAGCAGGAGUUUCCGGCCCCAAGGGAUAUCCAGACACCAGCGAUGCCAAGCAGAUGAAAGACAAUCUGUGGAGAGAACAAGUUGAGGAGUGGAAAGCGACGUACAACACCAACGUCAUCAGUGUGUUUUUCUCCGUAGUGUCCUUUUUGCCUCUUCUCCAACGUGCACCUCGAAAUCUCGAUGCAAGCGUUAUCGUCAUCUCCAGCAUGUCCGGCCUCAUGCGCCAUUCUCAGGCACAUUUUGCAUACAAUGCGGCAAAAGCAGCCACAGCGCAUCUGUCACGGAUGAUGUCGAAGGAAUUUGCAAAAACCGGUGUCCGCGUGAAUAGCAUUGCCCCAGGGUAUUUCCCGUCGGAGAUGACGAUGAAACAAUCUGAUGAGCGCAAUAAAGCUCACAUGCCGGCUGAAAAGGUCAAGGACAAGGGGCAUGAGGUACCUGCCGGGCGUGCGGGGAGCGACGAGGAGAUGGCCAUGGGGGUUAUUUUCCUCACGAAAUGUGGAUAUGUUAAUGGAGAGGUGUUGAAAUUGGAUGGAGGAGUUAUGAACGAAGUUGGAGGUGGAUGA